AUGUCGGGUUAUCCAUUUUCUGUACUCAACUCUGGUGCAGUGUACGAGGGCGGAUCUGCCGUUGACGCCUUGAUGCCGGCCGACAUCUUUGUAUGCAGUUCAAUGCGAGACAUUGACUUUGUAACCAGAUGGUACGACAAGACACCUCGGGUUGUCGUUGCUCGAUACAUUUUCGACUGCAUUCGUGCUCAAUGCCGGCUCACUGCUGAUAAUUAUUCUGUUGGAGUGGAUAAUCAUGGACACAUUCGUGUCGCGAAUGCCUUGAUGGUCAUUGCACCGACGCAGUCCAUCUCGCACGCACCGACGCAUAAGGCGAUCGCCCCCCAGCCUCCUCUUCCUGCUAUCCGCUUUGUCGACUUGCGCGCAAAACUCCGGGCUUCAAACACUAACCAUAAAUCACUUCCAACACCGCCGCAGUCUCGUAAUGUUAGCUUAAAUUCAAACCAGGUUCUGUCCAGCGACGGGAACGACGUCGGAGGUAAAAGAGGCCAUUCCGAUGCUACACAACAGUAUGGCUUCUCCCUCAUACUCACGUUUCUGCUCGUUUACAAGAGUACCGUCAGUGAUGUUACAGUGAAAAGGGCACGACAAAAAUAA